AUGCAGCUGCUGCUCUUCUGGAGUGCAGUACUGCAGGCUGUUGCGCAGGAUUACCUCUAUGAGAAGCUGACAGGUGGUGGAUCGACGUGCUCGGCAGGUUUCAAUGACAUCACCUCCUCGGCCGACUGCCAAACGGCCGCCACGGAGGGACAAGGGACCUGGAACACUGCGCUGAGCUCUGCGGCGUAUCCCAGCGGCUGCAGCUACGAGGUGGCUAGUGGCGAUAUCUUCUACAAUUCCCUGGUGGUGGGAGCCCUCGUACCCGAUGGCACCACCUACGCCAUCAUCUGCCGACAGCCCACGACUACGAUCACCACGUCUUCCGUGACCAUUACGACGACUUCACAGACCACCAAGACUGACACCACCACGUCCUUUUCCAGUACCAGCACGAGCAGCACCAGCACCAGUAGCAGCAGUACGAGUAGCAGCAGUUCCACUACAAGCAGCACCACGAGCAGCAGUACUUCAUCGACGUCUUCCAGCAGCACGUCCACGAGCUCCACAAGCAGUUCUUCCACCUCCACGAGCAGCUCCACGACCUCUUCAACCUCGAUCACGAGCACCACCACAACCACAUCUACAACGCCGCCGGACAUCUUCAAUGUCACCUGGGCGCAAAGUUACGUCCGACCCGUGACGAAUGCAGAGAUCGCGAUCUCCUGCUAUCCGACCUCCUGCAAUGAGCAUGCCAUCGCGUUCCUGGCGGCGAUCGAUCCAUUGAGCGUGAACUUCGUGGACACCACCUGCGCGUCGGUGACCGAAAUGCCGCUGCAGCCUAUGACGGUCUAUGACUCCGUAAGUGCCCGGGUGGUGGUGAGGAUGACUCAGCCACAGUACCUGUCGCCACAGGAGGGCUCCAGCCCAAUCGUGGACUACAAGUCUGCAUGGGAGCCUGUGGUGGACUGGACGGUGAAUUGGACCCUCCAGGUCGUGGAAGGCACCGAGCUGCGAAUGGGUCGCAGUUAUCGGCUUUGCAUCGACGAGUCCGGCCCUGGCGGCUACAAUGGUCUCCAGCUUGGAGAUGUGACCGAAAUGAUCGAAGUCUAUGUAGCGGGCAUUCGAGAGGCUGAUGACGGCAUCGCGCCUUCCAACAACUCAAGGGUGGAAGUGCUUUGCGAACCAACCGGUGACCUGUACCAGCUGGGAUGCCAGACGUUCAUGGGAUACAACGAGCAGUCGAACCCAGGGGCCACCAGCGCCUACCUUGCAGUGAGCUGCGACACCAGUGACAACGACGGCUGGCGGGAGAGCUUGUUGGACAACGAAAGCGCAUCGUCGUAUUUGAUGGGGGAUGGCAACCCAUACUUUUAUUUGGAAUUUGACACUCGAGACAUGCAGCUGGGUGUCCAUUAUCGGCUCUGCGAGGAUUUGGACGGCACGGGCACCGUGGCUUCCUUCAACUGGCCAGGCAUCGUGGUCUACCUGGGAGGAGUCACCAGCCUGAGCACGGUGCUGCGAGACCCCAAGGAUGGGCCAGUGGUCACGGCUGCACUGGGGCAGGGCUUGCUGCUGAAUUGCCUCUAUGGCUCUUGCAGUACUGCCUCCGAAGCGUAUCUCGCCUUGAGCUGCGAAGCGUCUGACAACUCGACAGACAGGAGUGAAUCAGCUGCAUUCACCUUCAGAGGAAGCUCUGAGGAGUGGCAGUGGGAGCUUGGAAUGUGGGAUCUCAGCAAUCUGACGAACGGAAGCACUUACAAGCUCUGCACUGAUCUGGACGGUCUCGCCCAGGGCCCCCUGCACUCGGGUUUCAGUGGCUUAUGGGUGCCAGUCACACCAGUGACGCAGAUCAGUGAAGAGAGCAUUCAGGCGGCGACCGAUCAACAUGUAUUGCUCCUUUGUUAUGGAUGCUGGAACACUGAGCGCUAUUGCGACACGGUGGUGGGGUGUCCAGCGACGGAUCCGAUCUACGAGGUCUCCUCGGCCUACUUGACCACGAAAGCCUGUAACUUCUCGGACAACGAUGGAUUUCAGAUGGACGAAGGAGACUGGACCACGCUCUCGGCUCCUUUACGGCCGACCAGUAACAGCACCAGGGGCUCGUCCUUAAGCGCUUCGCCAGGAAAAGAGGCUGUGGUUUACAACACUGAAGUGAUCUUCGACGCGUCAGCCACUGUGAUAGGACUUUGUCUGGACCUGGACGGCGCAGGGACCCGCUUCAGCUUUCAUGACACUGGCUUCAGCGUGUACGUGACGCCGGUGUCGGUGGUGAGGCAUCAAGUCUUGGUCAUUGGCCUGACCUCGCGCUUGGAGUUCUCCUGCCACGGUACCGGGACGGUGUCCACGAGCUGUUCUACCGCCUCGGCUGUCUACCUGGCACAACGGUGCGACUUGAACCGCGAGACAGGCGUCUUGGGGGACUGGGAGAUCCACGACCGUGACGCCACGCCCACGCAAGCCGUGACGCAGAUUCCAGGUGCCGAAGGCAGCAUCUAUGAGUUCCGAGUGGAGCUGAACACGACUCACCUCCAAGUGGGCUGGACCUACAGGCUUUGCAUUGACACCGACACCUCUGGGGAGCUUUACUUUGGGGAUAGCGGCUUUGAGGUGACCAUCUCAGGGGUUGAAGCCAUCUACCCCGCGGACAGCCUGAAGAUUGGCUCCUCCACCACUUUGGAUCUCUAUUGCCCGCUCUAUUGCUCUUCAGAAACGUUGGCUUACCUGGCACAAGAGGCUGUGGGCUGCGACUCCAGUGCUUCCGGCCUCCGUGCUGCAGAUGGUGCCUUGGCCACAGCCUCUGCUGCGUUGGUUGCCGCAGUGGCACCAGACAGCUGGCAGGUGGCCUCGUAUUUCACCCGUGAUUGGACGGUGACCUUCAACACCUCUGCCUUGAAGCCGGGUGAUAGCUAUUUGCUGUGUGUAGACUACGAUGGAGCACAAAGCACCGCCUUAAGCUAUGCGAAUGCCUACGACGGCGUCGUGAAAAUGAAUCCCAUCACGGCUGAGUACACCGCACUGGAAGCUAGCAGCACUGCUACUUUGCCUCUGACUUGCGAUGGCUGCAAUCUGAGUACCAUCAUCUACUUGGCCACCGCCUGCGAUGUGGCCGCCGUGAUCUCCGGGAACAAAGAAAACUGCCAGACCUAUUGGAAUCUGGUGCCUCCUCAGACUUGCAGUCAGCUCUUAGAGGCCAGCUUCCCCAGCAACACGGCCUUCGUCCGGCUAUUUCCCCGUAGCGACCUUCCCGGUUUCCGUUGGACGGCGCAGCUGGACACCAGUGGGCUCACGGUGGGUGUGAACUAUCGGCUUUGUGCCGACUUGGAUGGCGGCUUCACGGAGCAGGGCUUCUUGGACGUCGGGCAGGUGAUGAUCACUGGAGUGCAGAAGUCCCAGCGUUCCAUCUCCACAGCGGCCACGCGCCAUGAGUGGACGGGUGGUAGCAACCAGGCGUUGGUGCUUACUUGCAGCAGCUAUUGCACGGUGGGCACAACUCUGAUUUCUUUGGCCUCCACCUGCGACAGCAGCAGCGACAACAGCCCCUUGAAAACGGCCCAGCCAGGCGAACAGACUGCGCCGGUGACGCUGGAGAUGCUGAGCAGCUGGGCGGUGGAGCUGCUGCCACAGCGACACCUGGUGCUGUAUGGCCAGGACAACAGCGCGCUGGAUGUGCUCUUCGUCAACAGUAGUGAUUCCACGGACUAUGUGGCCAUGUUGGACACGAGUGGUCUCACCGCUGGGCGCUUCUACCGGAUCUGCGUGGACCACGACGGCACGGGGAAUUGGUUCGUGGGAGAUACAGGCCUCCGAGUCCUUGCCACGGAUCUGGUCGUGGACGUGUCCAUCCAUCACGGCCAGCAUGAAGCCUUAUCCAUCAACUGCACACUAGGCUGUUCGGAGCUGGUGGGCUUCUUAUCCCUCCGCUGCGACGAAGCCUCCUUGAGCCCAUUCGCCAAUGCGCACGAGGGUACAGGAGACACUUAUCAACUCUAUUUGGAUACGAGCAUCUUGACCUUGGGACAGACCUAUGCCCUCUGUGUCGACUACGAUGGGACGGGCAACAGCUAUGAGUUGGGUGAUUCUGGUCGGCGAGUCUAUGUCACUGGCGUCACAGGCUUCGUGGAGUCUGGGAGGAUCUUCAAGGACCUACAGCAGACCGUGCAGCUGCAUUGCAAUCCUGGAGAGUGUUCGAGUUCCAUGCGGGUCUACCUGGGCCUCUCCUGCGACUUCACGACGGUGGACGGAUCGCAACAGGCAGCUGCGGGGAUGCAGACGGAUGCUGUAGACCUGCACAUCGCAGGUCUGGAGGAGGACGCGGACGACCGGGGAGGCCUAGCAGCCUCCGCAACGGCGUUGGAGGUCCUUGAAGCAGCCCCCUUACGCCAGGUCCCUGUGGUUUGCUCUGACUGCUCCACGUCAAGCAGCGUCUUCCUCAGCAUCAGCUGCGAUGCGGCAGUGCUGCCGGAGCUCAACCACACGGAUGGAACCCAGGCGGAGGUCAUCGGCUUUGCCACGAGCAGUGUGAACCUCUGGGGUACCGCGCCCAGCUUCUGGGCCACGCUGGACGCAGGCCGCUUGCGACCUGGGGCUUUGUACACCAUUUGCUUGGACAAAGAUGGCACCGCCACAUCCUACAUCUUUGAAGCUUAUGGUCAAGUUCAAGUCUCCAGUCCGGUGCCUCAUCGCUGGCAGUUUACGGUGGAUGCUUCCGGGUUGAACGUGGGCAACCACUACAAGGUCUGCCUGGAUGCCGACGGCAGUGGCAGCCUGGGCUGGGGUGACACGGGCCUCGAGGUCUACGUUUCGGGUGUGCUGGCCGUCUCACCCAGCGUCAUCACCCGCGGGGCGAACCAAGUCUUCAACAUCACCUGUGAUCCCGGCGUGUGUUCGUCCACGCCGGCCACGACGGCCGGUGGGGUUGGAAGGUCCUCAGCCUACUUGGCGUGGAGCUGUGACCGGGAGGUCUAUGAUGGUAUCAUCCACAGCUUCGAUCGCAUUUUGCCCGCCUCUGGGGUGAGCGUGAAUGUCUACAAUGCCUCCUUGACCACCUUCUCCACCGUGUUCUAUGGCAGUCCUUCCACCAAGUUCAACAUGGAGCUCUUCCAAGUGUCCUUCGACACCAAUGACCUGCUGCCAGGGUAUCACUUGACCGUUUGCACGGACUUGGAUGGCCAACAGGUGGACAAUGCCUUCGGCCCGUCGGGCGUGGUCUACGUCUCAGGCGUGCGCAGCAGCUCGACCCCGCAAAUCUCGGCGGCGGCGGCGCAGCGGAUCGAGCUCACCUGCGACGCGGACGCCUGCGGUGCCCAGGGGGCCAUUGGCUACCUGGCCAUCAACUGCACCGACUACGAGACCCGUCACGGGGGCGUGUCGGUGGGCGCGGUGGAUGAGCUCAAUCACUUUUCAGGGCAGAUGUUGCCGGUGGGAGAAGCCAAGAUCCUCGGCAACUAUUCUGCGGUGGAAGUGGAGAGUGCGGACCUGAUUCGGAUCCCUUCUGCGGCAGGGCAGACCAUCACCUUCCACUGCAUUCAGGAUUGCUCGGAGGCUUCGACGGCCUACGUGGGCACGGGUUGCGACUCCAAUGCCACAGGCUUCAAGAUGGCCGAGUUCGGCGUGCAGACCUCCAGCGUGGACCUGGUCGCGCACUGGGAGAGCUCCCAUUGGUCGACCACCUUGGAUGCCUCUUCCCUGACACCAGGACUACACUACAACCUUUGUGUCGAUCCGGAUGGUGCAGGGUCAGAGUUCAACUUUGGUGACACCGGGGUGCGACUCUUUGUGCAGGGAGCCUACACGCCGCCCGUUCCAUUCUACGGUUCCCUGACCUACUGGUACUUCGAUGCAGACGCUCAACACCUGGCGCCGGGCCGGAGCUAUCGGAUCUGCACGGAUUUGGAUGGCCGUCAUGGGCCCAUGCAGGGUGGAGAUACCGGACUUGAGGUCUAUGUGAAUUCCGUGGAAGCGCUGGAGUUCCAAAGCGUGCUCAAGGCCUCCUCCGCCUCGGUGGGCCUUGCCUGCAGCGGCUGCGUGGCCAGCAACGACACGCAGGCGCCGAGCUUCGACGGAGCGAACAGCUUUCCGGCGCAUGGCAGCAGUGUGAGCCGCCGGACCAAUGUGGUGCUCGCCUUCAGCGAGGCGAUUCAGCUGGGCUAUGGCGGCAUCUUCCAGAUUUGGGACUCCGGUCUAACUGCUUCACCGGUCUAUGAAAUCACCGUGGCCGAUAUUUACGCUGCCAAUGCAGCGGCAGGGGGUAGCCUGGUCAGGGAGAACAAGGUCUACAUCACUCCUGCGACCCUCUGCAACGUACCAGCCAGCUGUUUUCUCUUCACCAACACGCGCAGCUACUAUGUGGUGGCUCCAGAGGGCACCGUCUAUGACCUGGCGGGGAACGUCCUGCCGGCCCUGAAUACAGCAGGGACUUGGCAGUGGACGACGGUCAACGUCUUCACGGACGCCGAUCCGCCGGAGGUCGCGAUGAGCUCUCACGUGGAGGUGAUCGACAGCUUUGCACAUGGCUUUGUGAUCUUCACCGAGGAUGUGUCCUUUAGUGGAGCAACGGAUCUGGAGUUGCUCGAUUGUGGUACAGACUUCGAUUGCUCCAGCACCAGCAUCUUGACGGGCGGCAGCAAGACCACGACCUUGACUCCUUUUGUGGACGGCGUCACGGAUUUGGCAACCAUUCGAGCGCAGAAGCAGGACUUUGGAUUGCUGGAAUUCCGCUACGAGCUGCCUCCGGUCUCCCCUCGGCGCUUUCAGCUUCGUGUGCCCGUGGAUUAUGUCACCGAUACCGCCAACCCGACUGGCCUCACGGGGCCCAGCAGCAUCUAUGAGAUCACAUUCGAUGUGGGGAUGCCCUAUGGACAGGAAGUCCUCCCUGUGACCUCGGGCACUCAGCUGUUUCUGGCCAGCCAUUGCAACAGCACCGAGACAGAGACAUACUUCUGGGGUUAUAGCCCUGGGGUAUCAUCUCCCGUGGUGACGCUGCAGAGCAACAGCGGAAGUUACUCCUUCUUGGCGAACUUCAACACAGCAGAUCUCGCGGCGGGCGUCCACUAUGAGGUCUGCCUUGACGUGGAUGGUCCUGGACCUCUUCAUCGACCAGGUCCCACGGGACUUCAACUCUUCGUCAGUCCUGUGACUGCAGUGGCGCCCACGACUGUGACGCAAGACCUGGGCAGGACUGUGAUUGUGACCUGCCCCACUGUCUGCUCCACCAGCACCUAUAUGUAUUUGGGUAUUGACUGUGAAGAGAUCUCGUCCCCGGGCGUUGUCCCGGAGACGCCGCCCUUCCGCACCCGCUCGGCACCGCUGCGCUCCACGGGGACCUCAGGAGAGUUUUCCUUGACUUUUGAUGCUGCAAACCUGACUGCUGGCGUCUACUACCAUCUUUGUCUCGACGUGGAUGGCUCGAGCCAGACUCGUUAUUACGGAGACUCGCGCCACACCGUCUACAUCUCUGCCGUGGCAGGGCUUCGAAGUCCUCGGAUCCGCUGGUCGCUGACAGCGCCGCUGAGCGUGGCCUGCUUUGCGCGGCCCCAGGAGGCCAUGGGAUGGUGGCCGGAGAAUGACACGGAGGAAGAAUUGAUGGUGGGAGUGCAAAACUUUACCAAGAACUACGUGAAUCAGCUGCACUGGUGUAACGAGCUCACCACGGCCUACCUGGCCACCAGCUGCGACACCGCCGUGGCCGACGGCUACAGCAACGCCCUGUGGUCGGAACGCACCCAGUCCCAGUCGUUCUCGGGGACGGACCACCUGGUCGUGUGGCCGGACGUGAGCUUCGUGGACGAGGAGCGCAACGAGACGGAGUCCAGCGAGGUUGGUUACCGCAACGAUGCGGCCUGCGCGCAUGCGGCGACGGAGCGUGGCUAUGCGUACUGGACGCGAAGAGCUUCCGACAACACUUGCUGGUUCUUGACGGAGUCAGCUCCUGCCUAUGCCAGCUUCAGUGAGGGAUACACUUCGGGAAUGGUGGGUGUCCAGCUGUGGCUCUUGCGCUUAGAUACCCGGCCUUUGCUACAAGGUCAGUACUACACCUUGUGCAUUGACCUGGAUGGCUAUCAGACCAUCUCCAGCGUGGCCACCACCCUACUCAGCGUUUACGUCUCUCCCGUGCAAGCUGUGAGCACCACCACUGUAUGGCAGGCCUUGAAUCAAAACAUUUCACUGGAAUGCUCCAACUGCACGAGCUCCACCAAGCUGACGUUAUCCGUGAAGUGCGACGGGACCAUGGUGGUGGGCGAAAUCCCCGGAGAGCAGACCUUGGUGACGACUCUCGACUCCAAUGGAGAUGAGGGGAUGUGGACAGCUAUCGUAGAUGCCAAGACCCUUGCGGAGGGCAAGCACUAUCGAGUUUGCUUGGAACUGGAUGACCUGAUGCCCAUGGGUGACACGGGCUACCGAAUCUACGUCACGCCCCUCUACUACGUGACUCCAUCAGUGGGAAGCGAACAGUUUCAGCAGAUCGAGGUGGCAUGCCCUUCGGCCAUCUGCACACGCUCGACGGAGAUCCGGCUGGGAUUACUUCACCAGAGUUGUGGUGAUGGCCUCUUGGACGAGGUGGAAACGACCUGGGUCCAAGUGGAAGGAGCUGCCGAGGCCAAGGACCUGCGCCCUUCCCGGCUCCGCGGCGGCUUGGAUGCCGCGGUGCUCUCGGCGGGACGAGGCCGUGGUGCCUACUUCUUUGUUGUCGAUACGCGGGACCUCGAGGUGGAUCAGAACUACCGCGUUUGCAUCGACAUUGACGGCGUUUCUGGUGAUGUGUACCAACCGGGGGAUGCCGGGUAUUUGGUGUGGAAACCCGACACGACGGCCCCCUUCGUCUUCGGCAACGGCACCUUCAAUGGGACUUUGGAGUGGAACGUCACGGAGGCUGCCACGUACCUGGCCGGACGGAGGUUAGAUGCGACGGAAGAGGAAACCCGCGAGGUGGAGCUGUCUCGCGCAGAAGCUUCCAGGUGGUGGGCGCAGCGCAGCUCUGAGCAGCAAAACGAUGAGAGCAGCUCCAAGUCGGCGAGGCUGGACACAUCAGCCAAGGCAGCCUUUGUAGAUCCUGAAGCUGCAUCAAGCCACUCAGAUUUGGAGAGACGCUUGUCCUUCGUCUCUCCGGUGGAGUCGCUCUACCCGGAGUUUGUCUUCCUGGAACCCACGGUGGAGAGUGAGAACACCAGCGAGCCAUCCCUGGAGCUGCUGCCGAUGCGGCGGGUGAACUUCACGGUGACCUGUUCCUCCGGUGGCUGCAGCACAGCAACCGAGGUGCGUUUGGCAUUGAGCUGCGGCAGCGAGGGCCACCGAAGCUCGUCGCCCAGUUACACACAGGCCGUUGGCUUGGCCUAUGGCGCCUUCCCCAGCAACGUGCUGAGUCCCAGCGGCGAGGCCUUUCAGGCCAAUUUGGAUGUCUCCACCCUUCUUCCAGGAUUCGACUACCGUCUUUGCAUUGAUCUGGAUGGCUACUAUGGCUCAUCUGUGCCAGGAGACUCCGGCUUUUCAGCCCAUGGUUCUGCCAUCAGUGCCUUGUGGCCCAGCACACUGCAGCUGCAAAGUGCUCAGCCGCUUCGGGUGAACUGUUCGGCCGCUUCAGGUUGCUCCGCGGCCCUGCGCGGCUACCUCUCCUCCAGCGCCUGCGAGGCCCGGACGGAUGGCCUGCAGAGCGCCCUGAGUGGAGUUCGAACGGAGUCCGUGCCGGCGAGCUUGGUGGGCGACAACAGCUAUGAGCUGAUCUUCAACACGGAGUCCCUCACGGUGGGGCAACACUAUCGGCUUUGCGUGGAUUUCGAUGGGAUUGGUGCUGUGCAGGGCUUUGGUGCUGUAGGGAUCGUGUACCUCAGUGACACCCUCGCUUCCGUGACCACGGCACUGCCUUUUGGGGCCACCACUGCAGAGCUCCAGCUGAGCUGCCCAGCAUGUACGAGCUCCUCUUCCUUGAUGCUGGCCUUGGACUGUGGCGAUCGAGUGGACGUGACCAAUGCCGCCUCUUCCUUGGGCGUGGUGAGCAGCAGCUUCGCGGCACUCAGCGGCACAUCUUGGAGCGCUCACUUCGACACCACGACGUUGACACCGGGGAUCCAAUACCAUCUUUGCCUCGAUCUGGACGGCACGACUGGCAGCCUCGCCUUGGGCACCACUGGCUUCAUGGUCUAUGUGACUCCCGUGACGGAGUGUUGGAGGUGUGCAAUCCGGCCGGCACAGCAGCAACAGCUCAUCUUGAGCUGCCCUAGCUGCAGCGGGCCAGCCAGUGGCUAUGUGGAAAGCAGAAACAACAGCUGGAAUCUGAGUGAGCUGGUGAACUUCAGCGUGGAGGAGUUGGUCAAAUGGCUCGAUGUACUUCCAGCCUAUGACUUCGCACCACAGGUGUUCUUGGCGCGCAGCAGUUGUGAGAAGGGCCCUAAACGGCUGCGCCCAAAGCAAAGCAACGCAGGCUGCUGGGAGAACCUCACGCUGGGCCAGGUGGAUUUGGCAUGCAGCCGGUCCAACGGAACGUCAGGAGACGUCUCUUGGGAGCAAGAGGAGAACUCCUUCGAGGCGACGCUGAGCCACUGGAGCCAUCUCUUUGUGGCAGUGGUUGAUGCCAGCGGCCUCGUCCCCGGAGAGGAGCCCGGUGUCUGUUCGAGCUGA